AUGAACAUUAGCCUUGAAGCAGGCUUCACCAAGGUUAUGGGCAACACCAAUAUCAUGCUUCAGUUUGCUAAUCAGAAGAUCGAGCGUAGGAGCAACAUUUUGAUCUUGGGAUCUUUCAUGUCUAACCAAGAACUGGAAAAAUUUACCUGCGGAGUCCACACUCUUAUCUUUCAUGUCGCUCAAAAAAACAAGACUUCUGGCUUGAGCAACUUCCAAGUCGACGAGCGUUCCAAUGUCAACAGGGCGCAUCUCUAA